AUGCCAGACAACUGCCCUGAUGGGAUUUUGGGGCAUUUACUGGCAAUUGAGCAAGAUCAAUUUAACGGUGAUUCAGAUGUUCAAUCGGGGCUGCCGUCGAGCCUCAAGUCACUUCUGUAUGAGGAACAAAGCCGCGUAAGGAGGCUUCAGCGUUGGAAUCUGAGGCAAAGACGUAUGGAUAGCUUCUGUAGUCGUUGAUGGUUCGUUUCUUGUGCGCAUUUCGGCCUCGAUAAAGUGAACUCAGGGUUUUUCAU